UUGUGGAAGCCUUUCAACAAAUCGUUGAUGACGGGUAAAAUACCAUCAAAUUGGAAAGAUGCAACCAUAGUGCCACUCUUCAAGAAAGGAGAUAAAAAUUAUAGACCAAUUAGCCUUACAAGCACUGCAUGCAAGGUACUCAAAAAAAUAAUUAAAAAGAUAAUUGUGAACAACUUGGCAAAAAAUAAUAUCAUACACAAAAGCCAACAUGGAUUUAUGGAGAGGCUUUAG